AUGCACCAUUGUGUUAAUUGUGGCUUAGCGACUGGUCGCUGUAAUACAAUAGACAAACGAGUUUUACUUGACCAAGCAACUCUAUCUGUGAUCCGUGAAUGGUGUGCACCUGAACCUGUAAACAACAACAACUGUGCAUGUCAGGCCUGCUGGGACUUAGCUCAAGAGGUGGUCUUAAGUAGACGAUCUAUAGAUGAACCGAGACCAAUGGUGCAAACCAGUCGCAUAUGCCAUUAUUGUUGGGUGUUAGCAGACAGAUCUACUGUUCAUAUGAUUUCUGGGCCAUCAACCUCAAGACAAAAUACCAUGCCUCAAAUACAACCCCAGCUACUAGAUACUCCAAUUAUACCACUGGAAGUACAAUUUCAAUCUCCACCUACGCCUCAAACUAUGCUAGAAGCUAUGCCCGAACCUGUGCUUCAAUCUCUGCCACAAUCUAAAUCGACUAUUGUGUUACCAGACUACAUGAGGGCUAUUAAAACAGAGAGAGGGUGUUUUAUAGAAGGAUGUUACAGAACAGAAAAGCAUAGAGUUCCUCUUUCCACAAAUAAUAUGUCACUCAAUCGCUAUAAUUAUUAUGUACCUGAAAACAAUCGGCUUUGCGAUUGGCAUUUAGUAAUUGAAUCGUGGGAAAAGUUUAAGAAAUAA